UUCUAUGGGAUUCCCAAUCUGCAGCAGAGACUUACCGGAGCGUGCUGCAGCGACUGCUGGGCUUGCUUGCAAGGUGCGAUCCAAGAGGGAUUUAAGCACUCUAGAGCUCCACAGAAAAAAAGAGCGUCAGAGAAUCAUACACGGAGACGGCUUAACCGUUUAUCCGAAUUAAAUAUAUAUACAUAUAUUUAUUUACAAAGAACUGUUGAGUUUUAUCAUUUUCGCUAAGUGACCGUGAGCAGCGCUAUAACAGCAGAAUGGGGAAACAGAAUAGCAAACUGGCCCCCGAAGUGAUGGAGGACCUGGUGAAGAGCACAGAGUUCAAUGAACAUGAGCUCAAGCAGUGGUACAAAGGGUUUCUCAAGGACUGUCCAAGCGGGAGACUGAAUCUCGAGGAAUUUCAGCAGCUCUACGUGAAGUUCUUCCCGUAUGGCGACGCCUCCAAGUUCGCCCAGCACGCCUUCCGGACCUUCGACAAGAACGGGGACGGCACCAUCGACUUCCGAGAGUUCAUCUGCGCGCUCUCCAUCACCUCCAGGGGCAGCUUUGAGCAGAAGCUGAACUGGGCCUUCAACAUGUACGACCUGGAUGGCGACGGCAAGAUCACCCGCGUGGAGAUGCUGGAGAUCAUUGAGGCUAUCUACAAAAUGGUGGGCACCGUGAUCAUGAUGAAAAUGAAUGAGGAUGGCCUCACACCUGAGCAGCGAGUAGACAAGAUUUUCAGCAAGAUGGAUAAGAACAAAGACGACCAGAUUACACUGGAUGAAUUCAAAGAAGCUGCAAAGAGCGACCCUUCCAUCGUAUUACUUCUGCAGUGCGACAUUCAGAAAUGAGCAGAGGUCAACGCUAUGGACUGCACAAAAGUCUCAAUGUUCCAUUCAGUCUGCAGCUAUUAACACACACACACACACACACACACACACACACACACACACACACAAAUAUUGCUUGGACUACCUAUAAAUGGACUUGCUUCUUGUGUUUGAAACACUUGUGUGCAUGAGAAUGUCAUUUGCUAAUGAAUUUUAAAAGCAUAUAUUAUAAAACAAACAACCUGCCACAAUGUGAUAUGUGUGAUAUCAUUUCAUUAAAAAAAAAAACUUCCUCCUCCAAAGCCUGGGCAGAAAUGUGCUGCAAAGAGUUAUAUGAUUUCUUGUUCAUGUUUUGCUAAUGCUCGUGUCUCCUUGAUUACAUAAUGUUAGUAGCACUGAAACCCUCAUGGUAAUGUAACUGAAUUAUAAGCUGUGUCACCAUUCUCCUGUAAAAUAGUACUGGACAGACACCCAGAGGGGCCCUUGACUCCUCUGUGUGGUCCACACACAAGAGCUUGUAUUAUCAGUGAAUAUAAAUGUAUGAAAUUUGCAUGCCUUUUAGGUUUGCCUUAAUUCUUACCUCAUUUGCAUCCUAUGAAUCUGGAAAGAGCUGUGUUGGAAUUAAUGCAGUAUAAAACUUAAAAACACUGCUAAAUGACUCAUUAAUUAAAUAUAUCUAUCUAUAUAUACAUAUACUCAAAGAUAUUAUUUAUUGAAAGUAAAAAAAAAAGAUGUAUGUGUAUUGAUUUUGCUUGAAUUUUCAAAGGCUUCCAAAGAGGUGGCAAUAGAUGUCCCAAAUAAAUUUAUAACAUUUGA